AUGGAGCAAAAUAAUGACGCCCCGAAAAGUGACGAUAUUUGCAAUGAGCCAUUCGUACCACAGGUACCAGCAUCAAAUGAAAAUUCUAAUACGUUAGUUGCAGUUUACUUGCCUCAAUGGCAUCCAAGCCAGUCACAAUUACCACAAGAUCGAAGUAUCACGCAUCUAUUUGAACAAGUAUAUAAUAGUAUACUGUCACAGUGGAGCUGUUAUCGUUCAGAAUUGCCAGUAGAGGAAAUAAAGAAUGAACAUGAAUACAUUGUAGACGAGCCAAUAACUCCCGUAACACAAACAUCAACGCCAUCAUUGUCAUCAAUCAGACGAAGAGAUGUUGAUUUUCGUUCAAAUUUAAAUGAAACUAUUCGUUAUUACAGUGCUGAUCGUUCAAGACGUGCGUCGCAUCCAUUACCAGGAAACUCUGAAAGAUCAAGAUCAUACGAAUCACGACUAUUUAAUACUCAACAUGCUUCCAGAGUACAAAUAAUGGACAAAAGUCGAAAAUUAACGACGCCAGUUAUUUUACCAACAUCUUUAAUUACCAGUUAUGAGAAUCUAAAAUCAGUCAACAAUGAGCUAUGUAAUUCGUCGUUUUCAUCCGCAUGUUCAUCCGAAUCACAAUAUUAUUCAAUGUCGACAACAGCAAUCAUACAAGAUCAAACUCGAGAUCUUAAUCCUUUGCCAAGUACGCUACUACAAGAGCAACUUUCACGUGAUAAUAAAAAUUCUCAAUCCAGUGAUAAAACCACGCAAACAUCAUUUUUGCCAGUUCAUCGAAAACGAACAAUUAACACAUCAAGUCAAAUAUCUCGAGCAACAUCAUUUGAUACGAUUGAUCAGUCUGAAAAUAGUGACAAAUGGAUUCACACAACGUUGCAAAAUUCGUGGAAUUUACUGAAAACACAACAAGAAACUGAUGAUGGCUACUCUACAAAAAAAGUAGCCGAUGUACAAUUAGUUCAAGAAGAACCACAAAAAAUUGUUAAAGUUGAAAGAAAUCUUCUUACAGAUGAAGUUAACAAUUGGGAUCAACCAACACCACCACAAGAAAAAGUCGGAUUUUAUGUUUCAAAUGAAAAAAAUAUUUUAUUUUCAAAUUUUAUCAAUGUUAAUUUUAAUAAUAAUUGUGAAAAUUCAAUGAAUAUAUUUGAUAUUGAUGAUAGAAACGAACAACAAACUUCGAAUAUAUUUUCAGUAAACGACGAAGAUAAAUCAUCAGUUAUGACAUUGACUGAUACAAGUUUAACAUCCGAAUCAUCAUCUUCUUUUGCUCCUAGUUUAACAUCCAUAAAAUCAGCAACAGUUAAAAACACUAAUAAUAAUACAGAGGAGUAUUUUGAACGUUUAACAAAAAGUAUCGAACCUUCAUUGAAAAAAAGUGUACUAACUAACAAUAUUAAUAAGAAUAAAACAUCAGAAAAAUUAAUACCACCAUCUCUUUUUGCUUCUAAUUCAAAUUUUAGUGACACAAAUCGAAUGGAAUGUCACGAUUUGAAUGAUGAUGUAUUCACAACUCCAAUACCAAAACAGCAAGAAAAACGUGUUUCAUUUUCUCCUCAGAUCAUUAAACAAUCUCGUGAAAAUUAUGUUCGAUCUCCUUCAUUGCCUCCAACACCACCACCAUCCAUCUACCAUUCAAAUUUAAAUAGUCCCUUAUUCAAAUUAUGUACAUCAACAUCUUCUUCUAACAAAAAUCGUGCAGAAUUAUCAUUACCACCAAUAAUAAAAUCUGAAUUUAUCGGUCGAAAAUCAAUAAUUAUACCAAAAAAUCGACGACCCGAUUUUGUUAAAGUUCUCUCCGAUAAUUGUCAUUGUUCAAUAUGUUUAUAUUUUGAUCGUCGACAAUUAAAAACAAAUAUUAAUUUGGAAAAUGCACUCUAUCAAUUUUUGGAAAGUAAAGAUAUUGCAACAACAAUUAUUACCUAUAUAAAAUCACAAGAUUAUAAAAUACAGUCGACAAAUUUAACAUUUGAUAUUGAUAUCAAUUUAUUAAAAGAAUUACGAAUGCCAAAAGGUUUUUUAGAAUGGUUUUAUACUAUACCAAAAUUUUCGCGAGCAUUAUUAUCAUUGGUUAAAAAUAUCAAUGAAUUUUAUCGGCAUUGUCCACUCCUAUUAUCUUAUGUAUUUAUUAUUGAAUUUGCAAUUUUUAAACCGAUAUGUUUAUUAUUUUAUUAUGUUAAUUGGUUUUUGAAAUUAGAUAUGGAUAAACGAUUUCAAUUAACAUUAGGUAUACCAUCUUAUUUUAAAAAGAAGCCGAACGAUGAUGAUGAAGAAUCAGAUGUAUCCGAAACGGAAUUAUUUUUUAUUAAAUGGCAUUGGGCUAAAGUUCCCAUAUUAUUUGAAGAUUAUUAUUCAAAUUCACCAACGACAGCCUACUAUGAGACAGAUGAGUAUCACAAUUUGAAAUUAUUAUUUCAAUCACAUGAAGAUAAUUUUCAAAAUAAUACUGACGUUAGUAAAAUUGAAUUUGACGAUCUCUUUGAAGAUUAUAAAAUACUGUAUUCAAUUGAACAUGUCAAAGCGUAUUUGACAAAUGUACACAGUACAACUAUAACAUUUAAUGAACAAAAUAAUCGAAUACCAACUUUUAUUGAAACAAAUGAUAAUGAAAAUAACUAUAAUUAUCAUCAUCAAUUAUAUGAUUAUGAUGAAAGAAAAUGUUUACAACAUAAUCGUAAACCGUUAAAAUUAUUCAAUUGUUUAACACAUUUAUUAGAAAAUAUUUAUGGUUAUUAUCAUCGUAAAACAUUUCAAAUAAAACAGUAUGAACAAAUGGCAUCAAUAGUUAAACAAUCAUCUGAAUAUUCUAGAAGAAACAGAAAGAACGAUAAUAAUUAUGAUAAUAUUCGAACAACACAUGAAAUGAAAAGAAAUCACGUUUUGAAAGAUAGUUCGACAAGUCCAAUACAGUUGCGUGAUAAUAAUCUCGAUAAAGAAUCGGUAGCUAAAAAUGAAGUAACUAAACCAUAUCAUUAUUUUUAUCAUAAUCAUCUUCCAUCAAAUGAUUCAUGUUCGUUAACACGCGAUGAUGAGGAAGUACAAUUGUCAAAAUUACCACCACCAUUAAUUCCACCAGUAGAUGUAAACGACAGCGUAUCAGUCAAAACCCAACCGAAUAAAAAACCAUAUUUGUUUAAUUCUGGAAUAUUUGAGUUUCAUAAUAAUAAUCAACCCAACAGAGCCAAUAUAACAUUACCAAAUGGUGUUGAUUCAGUUAAACAGCAACAACAAUCACAGGAAAACGCUAGUAGUUUAACUGUUGGUGAUGGUGUCAAGAACAGUACGUCGUUACUGUUCGAAAAAUUGCCUAGUUCAAUAACUACUAAUGAGAAAGAUAAAAAAACAUCGUCCUUACCACUACCACCGCCACCACCACCGCCACCGCCACCGCUGGCACCACUACUACUGAAAAGUCAAAAUAGUAAAAUAAAACAACAGCACAAUAUUUUUGAAACACCGAUCAGACAGUUAAAUCCUGUUGUUGAUGAUAACGUUAUUAAUUACAUUACACCACAAUCGAUUGUUCGGCAUUCAUCAUUGAGUAAAGAUAAGAUUCCAUAUAACCAUGAUGAACAAAUGAAUAAUAUGAAUAAAGAUGAGGAAACUAAAUUCCACACACGUGUAUCAUCACUAACAGUCGAUGAGCGAAAAUGUAGUCGGGAAAAAUCGUAUAUAAUCAGAAAGAAAGAUAAUACUGAAGAUGAUCAACAACGGCAAACAUAUUUAUCGCCAUCAUCGUCUAAUGACGAUAAAUUCAUUAUCAAACAUUGUAUUUAUGAUAGUAGUAGUGAACUUUCAUCCAGCGAAAGUGGAGGUGUUCAAAAUUUUACAACAGAAGCGUUGAACGAAUGUUGCAUAAUAAAUGAGAAAAUUGAAUUGAAUAUGAGUGAGUGUACUUAUUAUUUCAGCUUUCCAGAAUUUAGUCUCAUUCUUUUAUGGUCUCAAUAUCUCUCAGUAGUUUUUGUCACAGAACAUUAA